ACCGUGACUGAGCCAGUGGACACCGACUUCGGCCCCACCACCCCUCGCGGCGAUCACCGCCGCCACCUCCCGAGACCUGCUCGGGCGCCGCCCCCACCGCCGCCGCCACCGCCCUGGCGGCUUAAGAACCCCGGAACGUGCGUCAGCGCCACCUCACAAUCGCGCCGCCCCCCGUGGUGCGUCCUGGCACGCGCGGGCUUGAGGCCACCGCGCCCCCGUCGCCCCGCCCCGCCCCUCAUUAAUAUGCAGACGCAGCCGGGGGCGCGCUGGCGCUCCCUGGAGGGCGGGAGCGAGCGGCACGUCUCCUUGGGUCUCUCUGCGUCGGGGGAAAUGGAAAGGCCAGUUGGGGCGGGGGUCGACUGGAGCACUGGGCGGGCGCGCGCACUAGGGCGGGCGCGCGCGGGAGAAAGGGACGGUUCCUGGGCAACGGCCCCUCCCUGGCGCGGGAUCCGCGCAGAGCCUGCCCGGGUCGCACGCGUCUCCGCCCCUCGCGGUGCCGCCUCCUUCCUGUCACCUCCGUUCCGCCCUCAGUCGCAGAAGCCCAGCCUCACCACUCGGGGUUCCCAGGGCGGGGCUGGCCCGCAGGGGAAACUGAGGCCUGGGACCCCGACGGGCGCCUGCACUGUGCGAACUCGCAUUGAAAUAGGCGCCCGAGACCCCCAGCACAACGCGGGAGCCCGGUCCAGCCCGGGGUCGGGAGGGGUCCUGUGGCGAACUCGCGUCUGGGCUGUGCCUGCUUGAAGUCCGCGGAGCGUGUCGCCCCGCACCUCUAGACCCCGAGUCCCCGACUUAGGGCCUCCUCGUCGUCUUAGGAAGCGCUCUCUAGGUUUGUUUCUAUGUUUUAGGCGCUGGAGGGGUUGCUGUCACCGACAUCCUAUAGCCGCCGAGAGUGUUUUCUGCAGGGUAAACAUGAAGCCUCGGAGUCCCGGCUGUAUUCCAGGCAUUUUCAUUUGGGUCUUCCUCUGUCACCCAGGAUAGACUGCAGUACCAUAAUCUCAGCUCACAGUGGCCUCUGCCUUCCAUGCUCAAGUGAUCCUGUCACCUCAGCCUCCUAAGUGAAAAUCUUUGAAAGAUGGGAGUUAAUCUAUAAAAAUGUAAAGCUAGAGAAUUUCAGUAUUUGAAAGUAAACUUCUGAUUCUUACUGAAAUCCAUAACAGUGUUUCUUCAUGAAGCAGAGAUGUGAUGCUGCAUUGAGUUUAUGAGAAACUGAUUACUGAGUGCCAGCGUGGUUUUUCUGUUGAUAUUAUUGAAACCAGGGGCCACAGAUUUUCAUUUAUACAUUCAUGUGCAUUGUUGGUGUCCUUCCUCUAGGUCAUAAGCUCUACAAAUGGAUGUUGUUUCUUCUUUCUUCCUUCCCUCCCUUCCUUCCAUUCUCUAAGUCAGUGAAAUCAGUUAAAUGAGCCAGGCCUUGUGCCAGGGGCUAAUGAGUAAGUAAGUAAGUAAAUAAAUAAAUAAAUAAAGACAAGUGCUCUGGCCUUUACAGAGGCUUAAUGAUGGUUUUAAAUGGCCCUCUGUUCAUGUUGUAAGCAGGUAAAAAAGAGGGAAUUGUUACUUCAACCUGGCGUGUUGGGGAAAGGCUUCAAUGGAAGAGGUUAGUACUUGAGUUGAAUCUUAAAAGAUAUGUAGGUUGGGGGUGAGAUGGUCAGAGGGAAAUGGGAAGAACAUUCUAGGAAGAGGAAUCAGCAAGAUUAGCCAAGCCUUGGAGGAGACAAAUAGUAGGACAUGUUAUAGAAAGGGAGGAGGGCAUUGCCUAGAGGGAGCAAAGGGGUGAGGUGAGGCCGUUUGGGCAAGGCUGGAGAAGUAGGGAAAGUCAAGCCAGUUGAGACAGAGGCAUUCAUCACUGAAAAUCCACCUCCCGGACCUACAUCUAACAUAGAACCUUUAUAUGGUUAUCAUGAUUUGAACAUUCCCAGCAGUUUGUAUUGUAGUUUCUGAGAUUCAGGGCUUCAGGGAUGCUAGAUACUUUUAUUAACAUAUUCUAUGAUGUUGUAUAUUGGUCCUGGCAAGAUUAACAUUGUUUUCUAUGAUGACAAAUAGCUAAUAUGAAAUGAGGAUCGAUUUGAUCUUUCAUAUAAGGCCUAGAGAAUGUUUUUUCACAAUUACCCCAGACCUAGAGGGUCUUUGUUUGCCCAACAGCCAGUGUUGGAUCAAAUUCAUCAUUUGCUUAAAGUCAUCCAGUGGGUUCGUUGCCCUAGCCUACAAGGCCCUGUAUGUUCUGUCAUCAACUCAUACCACUCAACCCCUCACACAUGCUCAACUACCCUAGUCAUUUAGUUCUUCAAAUCCUCAAAGCUUUGUUCUGACUUAGAGUUUCUGUGCUUGCUGCUGCUUUGGCCCAGCUGACUCUUGUCCCAACUGCAUGGCUGGCUCCUCAUCUUUCAAAUUUCAUCUAAGAUACAUUUCCUUCUAGAGACCUUCAUGGGCUGUCCUCUCUGAAGUAUCCUCCUUCUCAGGACAUCCUUUAUUUCCUUAGGAGCAUUUAUCACCAAUAUACAAAAUGGUGGAGAGCUAAAAGCAUUCUCAGCCAAAGACUGCAGCUGUAAAGGCAUGG